AUGGACAUGGAUAUGACUACUUCGACGGGCAGUUCAAUGCCCAUGUCAACUUCUAACGCCAGCACUGUGGCUAUGGCUAUGGAUAUGGAGCAAAUGAACAUGGUUUUCUUCACCUCUACCAAGACACUCCUCUGGGCAAAGGACUUUGCCCCUACGACAACUGGACAAUAUGCAGGUGUUUGCAUUUUUCUCAUCGCCUUCGCUACUAUAUUCCGCAUGCUGCUUGCUUUACACUUCAACUUUUACAGCAUUAGGGAUGGUCUCAGGCGGAGGCGCACCAAAGGCCUGCUAGCGGAACACCACACUGAUGAGACUGGCCAACGCCCAUGGAGAGCGAAUGAAGCCAUGAUGCUGGGAGUAGUAGAUGUCGUGAUUGCCGGCAUCAGCUAUUUGUUGAUGCUGGCCGUUAUGACGAUGAAUGUUGGCUAUUUCUUGUCUGUAUUGGCUGGGGUAUUUAUCGGAAGUGUCACCUGUAGUCGUUUUUUAGCAAACUCUAGCCUGCAUUAG